UCGACCAGAGGAACCUUGAGGCGUACGUCAUCGGAGAAAGUCACAUAGCAUAGCCGCCGCGGCCAUCGAGCGAUAGGAGAAGGGCGCCUGGGGCUUGGUUUUAGAUGCCAAGUGUGGCAGCUUCAGCUCCCCUCAUGGAUCUGACACUUUGGUUCGCCCAUCCGUCUCACCAUUGCGCCCGACAUUCAUAGAUGAACCACCUUCUAUGGCCUUCUCCGUCCCGUCUUCGGUCUAUGUACUUUCAGAGCACCGUGGGAUGCCGCCCAUAGAUAGUCUUGCUGAGUAACCUUGGGAAACUUUGGCAUACGUCAACGAACAUACAAGAAACCCGCGGAAUACAUUUCCUCAACGUCUUCCCAGCAGAUGAAGCUUGAUAUUAAUGUAGGAAACAUGAGAAUUUCCUAGCCCUGCUCGUGUCUUCUAAGCUAGUUCCUCACAUACCUUAUGGAAAUCCCACCAGAGCCGCGACACAUCCUUGUCCUCAGUAGAGGCAACGAGAAUGCUAUCGUUGUUAACUUACUCAAACACAAAGAGUGUCUCACCCCAGUAUACACAGUCAGUCAUAACACCAGAAUGACCAAAAUGGAAAUCCGGCGAGUAAACUGCGACGCCAUCUCCGCAGAGCACCGCCCCAUCGCCGCUGUCAAACUCCGCACACUACCCUCGAGAGUAGACGCUACCGUCCGAGGUGUCAAGUUCAAGGUGGCACGCAAGCACCCCCUGUCUAGUACUCUCAGCUUCCGCUUCCUGGGCGUGGGCGAGAUGCGGUGGGAGGAUCUGGGCAAGCAUGGCAAAGGCAUGAAGCUGAUCGAUUUCAACGGCAAAACUCUAGCUUUUUUCCGUCCGAGGCUGCACGUGGUGAAUGCUGGCCCCAGAGGAGACGAUGAAGAAGAAGAAGGACACAAUUCGAGAGGGAGUGGAGAAGGCGGGAGCCGACCUGCACCUGCAAGUCAUACAAACACGAUGAGCAAGGCCGGGUGGGGGCCCGGGUUCGAGCUGCAUGCCGCUCUCGCAGAUCUCGACCUCGAUCUGGUGGUCACCACUGGCUUGGCAGCGGCAGAAUAUCGUCGGCAGUUGUUUGAGGACUGGGACUUGGUUACGGAGAGGGAGAAGGCAGAGACACGAGAGACGCAGGAGUUGGACAAAGCGCGCGACGGCUGA